AUGUCUUGUCCCGAUUGCUUCAGCGGCGCCCUGCACAAGGGAAUUCCACGGGGGCGAGUCACGACUCUCCACGGUUUCGACGUGUACAUGACCGAGCCUCAAAACCAGCAGCCGGCCAAGGGCAUCAUCGUCGUGAUUCCCGAUGUCUUUGGCUGGGAGUUCCCCAACGCCCGCCUCAUCGCCGACAGAUAUGCCGACAAGGGCGGCUACAAGGUGUACCUCCCCGACUUCAUGGACGGCCACGCCGCACCCGUGUCCAUGCUCGCCAACAUGCGUGCCAUUUUCGGCGACGCCAACCUUCUGUCCAAGGCCUACAACCUCGUCUCGGCUCUCCUGGUCGUCGUCCCCUUCUUCUACCGCAACCGCUUCGGCAUCACCCACCCGCGCGUCAAGACCUUCUUCGCCGCCGUCCGCGCCGACGAGCCCGCCCUGCCCCUCGGCGCUGUCGGCUUCUGCUGGGGCGGCAAGCACACCGUGCUCCUCGCCCAGGGCCCCACCGGCGGCGGCGGCGACGGGAGCCACGACCAGCCCCUCAUCGACGCCGCCUUUACCGGCCACCCCAGCUUCGUGGUCCUGCCCGGCGACCUCGAGAAGCUGGUCGUGCCGCUGUCCAUUGCCGUGGGCAGCGAGGACAACCAGAUCCCGACAGCCAAGGCCGAGCGGGUGCGGCCGGUCAUCGAAGCCAGGCAUGGCGAGAUCAUAGUGUAUGACGGAUCGACUCACGGGUUCGCGCUGCGGGCCUCCUUUCCAAAGGACGAAAAGGUGGACGGACCAGGCGAGGAGGCCGAGGAUCAGUGCAUCGCGUGGUUCGGAAAGCACUUUCGCGCGACAUGA